GAAAGAAUGAAUACCUCAAAUGAUCUGAUUGGUUUACUUUUAGCAAAAUCCAGUAUGGCGGCCCAAAGCAAAAUUUUGUACAAUUCUUGUUACGAAUUGGGCCAUACCUGGACCCCAUAUUGCAGUAGUGCAGUAAAAGAGGUCGCAGUGCAUGGCUUUCUAGAGGCUUUCAAAAUAUAUGCACCAUUAUACGUUUUGACUGCUCUAUUUAAGCGGCGCAAGAAAGAAUACUACUUAAAGCGGUUGCUACCGGAAAUUCUUCAGUCAACGGCAUUCCUUGGCACCAAUGCGUUUCUAUUCAUGUGGGCAUUCUGUGCUUGGAGGAGACUUAUCGGCCAUUUUAAUUUCUUGACGGUAACAUUUAUCCCUGCCUUGACUGCUAGUCUUGCUGCUAUUCUAUUGGAGCGCAAAUCUAGGAGGGGAAUGCUAGCUGUCUAUAUGGGAAAUGUUGCAAUAGAGACAGCAUGGAGGAUGGCUACAGCUAGGGGCCUGGUCACACCUAUAAACAAUGGAGAGGUGCUGCUGUUCAGUGCUGUGACUGCCAUCUUUAUGUACCUGUCCAGAUGUCCCAAUGGCCUUCCAAAGACAACACUCUCAGGAAUAAGUUGGUUAGUCGGUUCAUCAGAGUUCAGCAAAGAGGAUUCCAACCAGAACACAGCCAUUCAGAAUUCUGCUCAAAAUCAAAACAAAACCUCAAAGCAAAGAGUUCCUAGCAUAGAACUACCAGAAUUCAUGCAGCAACUUGUAGAGAAAUUCAGGACAUUUAAGAAACACCGCACGUGCCAACAUAGACAUUCCUGUCUCUCAUAUUGUUAUGAAAAUCCACUAAAGCUGUUUGGUGUUGGCUAUGCAAUCCAGGCUGGAGUGAAAGUCCUCGGAUCUCUGAGUAAAUUGUUCAGUAACCCUAGUGCAGUAGUCAAAGCAUUAAUAGACAGGAAUAACCUUAAUCUGGGGGCUUUCCUUGCCUCUUUUCUAGCAAUUUAUAGGACAGUAUUAUGCAGUUUACGAUGGAUGAGGGACCAUGACAGUGAGGCCCAUGGGCUAGUAGCUGGAUUCCUUGCAGGAUGGUCCAUGGGCUUCUAUAAGAGCACAACCAUAGCGUUAUACCUAGCAUCUAAGCUAGCAGAGACAAUGUACAUGAAGGGUGUAGACCAGGGUUCCCUCCCACAUAUACGCUGGGCAGAUAUACUUCUCUAUUCACUGGCCACCUCAUUUGUCUUCCAUGCUGCUGUCUUUGAACCACACAAUCUACGACCAGCUUACUGGAAGUUUCUACUGAGGCUCACAAAUAAUAGAUUUGCUCACCCCAAUCGGGAUCUGCUUUUGGAUUGGAAAACCAGGGCAACCCAAAUGUUUCCUGAUUUUGUACCACAGCUUGAUGUCAAAUUCUGCCCAAGCUUGCUGCCAAGCUUAGAAAAGAUCAAUAUGAAGAUGACACUUUAAAAUGCCAUAGAAAAUGGCAUGGUUAUCCUGAACUUCUUUUAAUGUGUCAUGGUUAUUGUUAAAGUGUGUUUGUUUGAGUUAAAAUUUAGAUAUUUCAUUAAUUUAGAUAGAAUUUUGAAGGUUACUAAUGAGCAUUUUGAAAAUGUUCUUAGUCAGCAAAAGGCAUGGAGAGCAAUAUGGUUUUAAUAUAUCCAUGUUAUAGGAAAUAUCGGAAGAUGACCUUUUUCAUUCUAUAAGGUAUUGUGACUGUGAUUCUAAUUAAAUGAAAGGCCAUAUGAGUUACAGUAAAACCUGUGUAUAUUGAACAUUUUUUGCCAAGAAUAACAGUGUUCAGUGUUGGUAGGUGUUCAUUACAAAGAUGGUAAUUUACACAGAAGUCAGUAGAGUAUGUGCAGAGGAAUGGUGUCCACUAAAGAUUGGUGUUCACUUGAGAGAGGUGUUCACAAGACACAUUUUACUGUAUACUAUGCACUAUUAUUAGUGUUUAUUUACAAGUAU